AUGGCCAUCCCUUCACACAAGCUGCUUUUAGUUUUCAUGUCUGUUUUGCUUGUCUUCCUUUUCCUCUCUCCACGCUCUUCUUUUUCCCAUCCAUUACUCUCGACCAGCUGUCUUUCCCAUGAAUCCCACAAUCACACCAACCACGUUGUCUCUCUUGACAUACGCUAUGUCGGUGCUGAAGGCGUGAUAUCUGAGAGCCUGUGCCAACUUCGUUUUCUCACUGUUAGGGAAAUCUAUCUUACAUCAGGUACUGUCUUUCCUCCCUGUUUGAGAAAUCUCUCUUAUAUUCGCUAUUUAGAUUUAUCUCUCAAUAGCUUUAGUGGGAUGAUUCCCCCUUUCCUUAGUGGAAGCAUACCUGCUUCUCUUGGAAGCCUUUCUUCUUUAACUGAACUUCACCUUUCUUACAACCAGCUUAGUGGAAGCAUACCUGCUUCUCUUGGAAGCCUUUCUUCUUUAACUGAACUUGACCUUGCUUCCAACCAGCUUAGUGGAAGCAUACCUGCUUCUCUUGGAAGCCUUUCUUCUUUAACUAAACUUGACAUUUCUAUCAACCGAUUUAAUGGAAGCAUACCUGCUUCUUUUGGAAGCCUUUCUUCUUUAACUGAACUUCACCUUUCUUACAACCAGCUUAGUGGAAGCAUACCUGCUUCUCUUGGAAGUCUCUCUUUGUUGAGAAACUUAUAUCUUUCUUACAACCAGCUUAGUGGAAGCAUUCCAGAUUCCUUAGGCAAUCUUUCUUUACUCCAGGUGUUGGAUGGUGUUAGCAAUCGUUUCAAUGAAACCAUCUCUUCUUCCUCACUUCCACCUUCUUUAUUUCGCAAUCUGGAUUCCAUCCUUUCAAUUAUAUGA